CGUAACGGGCACUUCGUAAGGUGCGAUUACUAUCCCUAUUACGUGACAGCUUCAUACAAGGAGCCCAGCGUAAAGCGCUUCGUGCUAACUUCAUUAUCGUUAACGACAUUAGCCGCGAAUCCUGAAACUUUCAUAGAGAUGAAGGGGGCGGUUGUGACCGAAGACACUUGGAGCCCUGACGCGAAAGAACUGGCCUGGACGCCGGGCCCGUGGGGUCCUGAGCAUGGCGCUUUCGUCUAUGUUGCCAGUAAGGUUGAGCAGGAGCAAGCCGUUUGGAAAUACCACGAAGAGAACAAGUCCAAACGCCCUGACCUCGUUGUCAAUUCUGUCCUGCCCAGCAUGAACCUGGGAAAGAGUCUUGAUGUUGUAAACCAAGGACACAGGUCUACUUCAGGUUUCAUCCUGCCUUUCCUCGAGGGACAGAGAAUGCCUCCUCACUUCAGCCACCCUCAAUACUUCAUCGAUGUACAGGACGACGCUAUUCUGCAUGUGGCUGCCGCUAUUUUACCUGAUGUCAAAAGCGAACGCAUCUUUGGUUUCGCUGAGUCGUUCUGCUGGGAUGAUGUUCUCAAAAUCUUGCGCAAGCAGCACCCGGGCAAGAACAUCCACGAAAACUUUGCCAGCGAACCUUUCCCAGUUAUCAUCAAGCCCGUCGACCGCGCUGAGGCACUAUUGAAGAGGCUGGGACAGCCUGGUUGGACUUCCCUAGAGGAUAGCUUGCGGAUGAACACAGAGGACCUCAAAGCUGAAAUUUCUGCCUGA